CUCAUGCGGUAGCGAGACUGGGUCUCCGGAGUAGCGAGGAUGAGUACGGUGGACAAGAUGCUGAUCAAGGGCAUCCGGAGCUUCGACCCGGAGAACAAGCACGUCAUCACCUUCUUCAAGCCCUUGACCCUCAUCGUCGGCCCUAAUGGCGCCGGCAAAACCACGAUAAUCGAGUGCUUGAAGCUGUGCUGCACUGGCGAGCUGCCCCCGAACGCGCGGUCCGGUCACAGUUUCAUCCACGACCCGAAGGUGGCGGGAGAAACGGAGACGAAGGGGCAGAUUAAGUUAAGGUUCAAGACGGCGGCUGGUAAGGAUGUUGUGUGCAUUCGGUCGUUUCAGUUGACGCAGAAGGCCUCAAAGAUGGAAUUCAAGGCCAUCGAGAGCGUCCUGCAAACUAUUAAUCCUCACACUGGAGAGAAAGUUUGCCUUAGCUACAGAUGCGCCGAUAUGGACCGGGAGAUCCCUGCUUUGAUGGGUGUAUCAAAGGCUGUUCUGGAAAAUGUUAUAUUUGUCCAUCAAGACGAAGCAAAUUGGCCAUUGCAAGAUCCUUCCACAUUGAAAAAGAAGUUCGAUGAUAUUUUCUCUGCUACUCGGUACACAAAGGCCUUGGAAGCCAUAAAGAAACUUCACAAAGACCAGGCACAAGAGAUAAAAACUUACAAGUUGAAGUUAGAAAAUCUCCAGACGUUGAAAGAUGCUGCAUACAAGCUACGUGAAAGCAUUUCUCAAGAUCAAGAAAAAACAGAUUCUUUGAAAAGUCAAUUGCAAGACUUGGAAGAAAGUAUUCAAACGAUGGAUGCUAAAAUUCAUCAUACAGAAGUAACACUGAAAGAUGUGAGGAAACUACAGGAACAGAUAGCAACCAAAACGGCGGAAAGAGGAACUUUGUUUAAGGAGCAGCAGAAGCAGUAUGCCGCUCUUGCUGAGGAGAACGAAGAUUCUGAUGAGGAGUUGAUGGAGUGGAAAACCAAGUUUGAUCAAAAAAUUGCACUCUUGGAAUCUAAAAUCGGGAAGUUAGAGAGGGAAAUGAAUGACACUGAGACAAAAAGUUCUUUCCUUAAGAAGUCGAUCAAUGAAUGCAUAUGGGAAAUAAGCAGGCUGCAAACUGAAGCCGAGGCUCAUAAUUCUUUGAAGAGUGAAAGAGAUUCUACCAUUCAAAAACUUUUUGCACGGCAUAAUUUGGGGUCUCUUCCAAAUACUCCAUUUGGCAAUGAUGUUGCCAUGAACCUUACAAAUCGAGUGAAAUCAAGGCUAUUGGAUCUUGAGCAGGAUUUACAAGAUAAAAAGAAAUCAAAUGAGAUAGAACUUAAGGCUGCGUGGGAUCAGUACAUGGACGCAAAUGAUCAGUGGAAAAAUGUUGAUGCUCAGAAACAGGCAAAGGCAGAGAUCAAGAGUGGCCUUUUGAAGCGCAUCAAAGGAAAGGAAGAUGAGCGUGACUCAUUUGAGCUCCAAAUAUCUGAUGUUGAUCUAUCUCAUAUAGAUGAGAGGGAGCAGAGCAUGAGAAUUGAGGUCGAGAGGAAGACAAACCAGCUUGCUGGAAGAGAAUUUGAAUCUAACAUACGGCAGAAGCAGAGCGAGGUUUACAGCAUUGAGCAAAAAAUUAAGGCGCUUAAUAGAGAGAGAGACAUUAUGGCGGGUGAUUCAGAGGACAGAGUAAAACUUGCAUUGAAGAAAGCUGAGUUAGAGAAUCACAAGAAGAAACACAGAAAAACAAUUGAUGAUUGCAAGGAUAAAAUUAGAGGAGUCUUGAAAGGGAGGCUUCCACCUGACAAGGAUUUGAAGAAGGAAAUGACUCAAGCUUUGAGGGCUAUUAAUUUGGAAUUUGAUGACUUGGGCUUGAAAUCCCGUGAAGCUGAGAAGGAAGUGAAUAUGUUGCAGAUGAAAAUACAAGAAGCUAAUGAUGGCCUGUCUAAACAUCACAAGGAUUUGGAAUCACGGAAGAGAUUUAUUGAGUCCAAGCUGCUUUCGUUGGAUCAGCAAUCUUCUGGUAUUGAUGCUUAUCUGAAAGUACUGGAGUCAGCGAAGGAGAAAAGAGACGUCCAGAAAAGUAAACAUAAUAUUGCCGAUGGUAUGAGGCAAAUGUUUGAUCCUUUUGAAAGAGUUGCUCGUGCUCAUCAUGUUUGUCCUUGCUGCGAGCGUCCUUUCUCUGCAGAAGAAGAGGAUGAUUUUGUCAAGAAGCAACGAGUGAAGGCUGCUAGUUCUGCCGAGCACAUGAAGGUUCUGGCUGUGGAAUCCUCAAAUGCUGACUCAUAUUUUCAGCAAUUGGACAAGCUUCGUGUGGUAUAUGAAGAAUAUACCAUAAUUAAAAAGGAAACGAUCCCUCAUACAAAAAGAAGCUUGGAUGAGUUUACUAAAGAGUUGGAUCAAAAGUCCCAGGCCCUUGAUGAUGUGCUAGGGGUUUUGGCUCAAAUAAAAUCUGAGAAAGAGUCAGUUGAGGCCUUGCUGCAACCCGUUGAUACGGCCGACAGGCUUUUCCAAGAGAUCCAGACUUUCCAGAAGCAAGUUGAUGAUUUGGAAUAUAAGCUUGAUUUCCGGGGACAAGGUGUGAGAACUAUGGAAGAGAUCCAACUGGAGCUGAAUGCUUUGCAGAGCACUAAGGAUAAUCUGCAGAAUGAAUUAGAGAAGCUCAGGGAUGAGCAAAGGUUUAUGGAGAAUGAUUUAUCCAACAUUCAAAUUCGCUGGCACACUUUGAGGGAGGAGAAAGUGAAAGCAGCCAAUACGCUCCGUGAUGUCAAAAAGGCGGAAGAGGAGCUAGAGCGAUUGUGGGAGGAGAAAAAUCAACUUGACUUCGAUGAGAAGCAUUUGAUGGAGUCUCUUGGUCAUAUAUCCAAAGAGAGAGAGAGGCUUCUGAACGAGUACAAUGAUUUGAAGGUUAAACUUAAUCAGGAGUACGACGAACAGGCUGAACAGAAAAGAAGCUAUCAUCAAGAAGUGGAUUCACUACUCAAAUUAUCUUCCAAAAUCAAGGAGUACCAUGAUCUCAAGAAAGGAGAAAGAUUGAAAGAGCUGCAAGAAAAGCAAGCUGUAUCAGAAUCUCAGCUCCAAGGUUGUGAUCAGAGGAAGCAAGAAAUUUCAGAAGAACUUACCAAAAGUAAGGACUUAAUGAGGAAUCAGGAUCAACUAAGAAGAAACAUUGAGGAUAACCUAAAUUACCGAAAGACAAAAUCUGAAGUAGAUGACCUCACCCGUGAAAUCGAAUCACUAGAAGACAGAAUACUCAAAAUCGGUGGCAUUUCUACCAUUGAAGCUGAACUUGGAAAACUUUCACAAGAAAGAGAGAGGCUACUUUCUGAGUUAAACAGGUGUCAAGGAACCAUGUCCGUCUAUCAGAGCAACAUUUCUAAGAAUAAAUUAGACCUUAAGCAAGCCCAAUACAAAGACAUCGACAAGCGAUAUUUUGACCAGUUAAUACAGCUCAAGACCACAGAGAUGGCAAACAAGGAUCUGGACAGAUACUACAAUGCCCUUGACAAAGCUCUUAUGCGAUUCCACACUAUGAAAAUGGAAGAAAUUAAUAAAAUUAUAAGGGAAUUGUGGCAACAAACUUAUAGGGGACAAGAUAUCGACUACAUCAGAAUACACUCGGACUCUGAAGGUGCUGGGACUCGAUCAUACAGCUACAAGGUUCUCAUGCAAACUGGUGAUGCUGAGUUGGAAAUGAGAGGGCGGUGUAGUGCUGGUCAGAAGGUUCUUGCUUCGCUAAUCAUUCGCUUGGCUUUAGCUGAGACCUUUUGCCUCAACUGUGGAAUUCUAGCACUUGAUGAACCAACUACCAAUUUGGAUGGUCCUAAUGCUGAAAGUCUUGCAGCAGCACUUGUGAGAAUUAUGGAGGACAGGAAGGGACAGGAGAAUUUUCAGCUGAUUGUCAUCACACAUGAUGAACGGUUUGCGCAACUUAUUGGUCAGCGACAGCAUGCAGAGAAAUAUUAUCGUGUCUCAAAGGAUGAUCAUCAGCACAGUAUAAUUGAAGCCCAGGAGAUAUUUGAUUGAAGAUGAAGAUUCUGUCCUCAUAUGGUAGAUGUCUUCUCAGAAUUCAUGUGAAGUAUAUGUUGCGACUCGUUUCCUUGGAUGGACAUGAGCUUUCUAGUAGCUUAUGUAUGUUCACUUUUCUACUUUCGCCUUUUCUCAUUGCUUGGAUUUGUGGAGCUACUCAUGCUCAUACUUCAGUAAAGAUGGCAUGUCAAAAAGUGCAAU